CUUCCCCUUCCACUAGAAGACGAACCGUCGAUUCCGCGGCGUUCGGUUCGCCAUGAAUCGGCUGGCAGCGGCAGAACCGCGCAGGAGCGCCCGACUGCAGUCCAAGCGUGCCCGCGAUGCGUCCCCGCCGGCGGGCCGUUCCGUCAAACUUGUAACUGAUGCGGAAACAUCAGGAGUCAAACCUGCUGGAGAGAGCGAAACAGAGGAAGGCGGUGCAUGUGAUGCCGGAGCAGAGUUUACUGGCCGUCAGCUACUCUUUUUGACACCAGAUGAACGGAUAUCCCGUUGGAGGCGUCUAUACAAGAAGAGAGCCAACAUGUCCUUGGUUUUCUAUCAUAAGAGUCACCCUGAUCGCUACGAGUUUACACACGUGCGCUUGAACGAUGUUUUUGAUUUCAUCGAGGGCUACUUCGCCUAUUUGCACAUGAACUUCAAGGCAAGGAACGUCGCCACAGGGUCAGAGCAAAUCUUCUUUUCCGAGUUGAUGGCAGAAAUGGAUAGUAACGACAAUGCCUCCAAUGGAUAUUAUCGCGUCAGUGCAUGCGACAUUGUUGAUGGUAACUCUGCUGGUAAGCUCCUUUUCUUUUUAUCCGCAGGCUUUGAUGCCAUCACAUUAUUUUUUAUUUUAUUUCCAGAAACUCUGGAAUAUGCAUUGUUCUUGUAAUCCCUCCGUCAAAUCCCCUUUUAUUCAUUUUGAUGACAAGUAUUUCCGCAACAUCCCCUUUUAUUCAUUUUGAUGACAAGCAUUUCCGGACGGAGGGAGUACUAAUUAUUAUGUUUCUGACUGUAUGUGUAAUAUAUCAAACUAGUUUUGGACUG